UAAACCCACAUGCGUGAGACGGUUAUAGUGUUUUAGUACCAAGUGCGAGUCAAGUCUUUACCAUGCGUGUCAUCCUUUUCCUGGUCUGUCUGGUGGGCGUUGGUCAGUCGGCUACCCUUGCCCCACCCGCAAAGUGCUGCACGGACAGGGAGUUCCAGGUCACGUUAGGGGAGGCGGGAGGGGCCAUGUAUAAAAUAAACGGACACUAUGUUCAGAACUUCCUUCAGGGUUACAACAACCUCUACUACGACUCUUACAAUGAGAUGGUGGCCGUUGAAUCUGUUAUAAUCUCGAAUGGGACAGUCACAUCCACCAACAUUCUCUUCGACUAUCCAAAGAAAUUUCAGUACGUUACUCCCAAGGGUGGCUCCUGUACUCGCUAUGCCUUGGGGCAGGCGACUUUCCGGAAACCGUGUAUACCAGACGAGUCGGAGUUCGACGGUUACUCCUACAUGGGGUAUGGCGCUGAGCAGCUCCCCCUGGUCAGCUGGAGAUACCGACAGCCGGGAACUGACCACAUCGUCAAGCUGUCCGUCACCAAGGAAGGCUGCAUUCCCGUCAUCGAGAAUAUAUUCGGACACUUCAAGACCAACAUCAGUGACUCUGUGGCUGCCAAUACCAUGUUCCUGAUGGCUAAAUUCCAGCCAUCGAUCAGCAAUCGCGAUUUAUUCAAAAUACCCUCCGGAUGUUCCAGCUCAACAGGCACGAUCCCACAACCCGUUGGUCGCUCUCUACGUGGCAUCCAUGCUCUCUUCGCCAAUUAAAUACUCGGCAUGCA